CCUGUGGGUGCCACAGCGUCCCUGGUCCCAGCCGGGACGCACCACCGAGGCCUAGAGGCCAGUGGGAGGGGACGCGGGCGGUUCAGCGUCCGGGGAGCCGGAGAAACCGCGCGGCGCCCAGGCCCCUCAGAGCGGGGCCCUUGCCUCUUCUCGAAAGUCAGCUCGUCUCCCUUCGGGCACGGGCGCCCCGGGACCCCGGGGGCCGCUGAGCUGGGGGGGCGCUCGAGCUGCGAGGACCCCGGCUGCCCGCAGGACGAGGAGCGGGAGCCCAGGAUGGGGUGCAUGAAGUCCAAAUUCCUCCAGGACAGAGGCAAGGUCUCAAAAACCGAGCCCAGCACCAACCCACACAGCACUGUGUAUGUGCCAGAUCCUACGUCUGCAAGCAAGCGGCGUCCUGACAACAGCAACAACCCACCAGGGUCCACAGGUGCAGGUCCUGAUGACAUCAUUGUGAUUGCCCUUUAUGAUUAUGAGGCCAUUCACCCUGAAGACCUCAGUUUCCAGAAGGGAGAUCAGAUGGUGGUCCUGGAAGAGUCUGGGGAAUGGUGGAAGGCUCGAUCCCUGGCCACCCGGAAAGAAGGCUACAUCCCAAGCAACUAUGUCGCCCACGUUGACUCUCUGGAGACAGAGGAGUGGUUCUUCAAGGACAUCAGCCGGAAGGAUGCAGAGCGCCAACUCCUGGCCCCGGGCAACGUGCUGGGUUCCUUCAUGAUCCGGGACAGCGAGACCACCAAAGGAAGCUACUCUUUGUCUGUGCGAGACUAUGACCCCCAGCACAGGGACGCAGUGAAACAUUACAAGAUCCGGACCCUGGACAGUGGGGGCUUCUACAUCUCUCCACGGAGCACCUUCAGCACCCUACAGGAGCUGGUGGCCCACUACAAGAAGGGGAGUGAUGGACUCUGCCAGAAGCUGACAGUGCCCUGCAUGUCCGCCAAGCCCCAGAAGCCGUGGGAGAAGGAUGCCUGGGAGAUACCCCGGGAAUCCCUCAAGCUGGAGAAGAAACUUGGAGCCGGGCAGUUUGGGGAAGUCUGGAUGGCCACCUACAACAAGCACACCAAGGUGGCCGUGAAGACAAUGAAGCCAGGGAGCAUGUCUGUGGAGGCCUUCCUGGCAGAGGCCAAUCUGAUGAAGACUCUGCAGCAUGACAAGCUGGUGAAGCUGCAUGCAGUGGUCACAGAGGAACCCAUCUACAUCAUCACGGAGUUCAUGGCCAAAGGAAGCCUGCUGGACUUCCUGAAAAGUGCAGAGGGCAGCAAGCAGCCAUUGCCCAAGCUCAUUGACUUCUCAGCCCAGAUUGCAGAAGGCAUGGCCUUCAUCGAGCAGAGGAACUACAUUCACCGAGACCUCCGAGCCGCCAACAUCCUGGUCUCUGCGUCCCUGGUGUGUAAGAUCGCCGACUUUGGCCUGGCACGUGUCAUCGAGGACGAGUACAUGGCUCGGGAAGGGGCCAAGUUCCCCAUCAAGUGGACAGCUCCUGAAGCCAUCAACUUUGGCUCUUUCACCAUCAAGUCAGACGUCUGGUCCUUUGGUAUUCUGCUGAUGGAGAUCGUCACCUAUGGCCGGAUCCCUUACCCAGGGAUGACAAAUCCUGAGGUGAUCCGGGCACUGGAGCGCGGAUACCGCAUGCCUCGACCAGAGCACUGCCCUGAGGAGCUCUACAACAUUAUGACACGCUGCUGGAAGAACCGCCCUGAGGAGCGGCCGACCUUUGAAUAUAUCCAGAGUGUGCUGGACGACUUCUACACGGCCACUGAGAGCCAGUACCAACACCCGUGAUGGGCGGACCCGGACGGGGCCAGGUACCCCGCUGAUGCCCAAGAGGUGCCUCCAGCGUCACCUGCUGGUGCCGGCUCACCCUUGCUGGUCCCAGACACCACCCACCCCCAGCUCCAGCCACAGUUCCUCAUCUGUCAAGGGGUUCAACCGGACAAUCUCUUUUUGACUCCAGCAAUCUACAAUCCGCGCCCCCCUCAGGAGACCCCAAGUUGAUACUUCUAUUGCCUGGGACAGCUGGAUUCCAGUUACAGCUGUGGUUUGGAUGGGAAACUUUAAAAAUAAUGAAAUAAGUAUUUAAAUAAAAGAUACAAAUGCUAAAGGCUUUACUGACA